AUGGCGUAUGGCUUGCCAAGAAAGAACACAGCGAAAACCAUUUUGCGGCACAGUUGUUAUGAAGUACAGGACCCUCGAGAUCUUGCACUGCUUACAAAGGCUUGGUACACGAGCCUGGCCAACAUCAAGUUGCCUUUCUUAGGAGAAAUUGAAUUUGGUAGUCCUUUAAAACUCACUAAAUGCAACACCAUUAAGGAUGGUCUGCUCCCUUCAGCAGAAUGCCUCAAACUCGAAAGGGAGUAUGAAAUGAAGCGACUAAAUAAACUUAAAUGUCAAGAGAAUGUAUCUGAGGACAUUCAGUUUUCCCUAAGGGAAAGGCAAGUUGGUUUGAGAAGACCUCUUCCACCUAAGUGA